GCGGGGUCUAGAAUGGGGGCGGGACUUCCUUCCCAACGGAAAGGCGUGCGUGAGCGCAAGCCCCUCCCCGGAACUGCGGUGGACGCGGCUGAGGAGGGCUGGUGCAGCAGUGUCUGAGGUGGUUGGUCGGCGUCCCUCUACGGAUCUAUUUUUCUCGGCCUUUCUGAAAGGGGAGAACGUGGCUCGAGUUCCAGUCUGAUGACUUGUUCAUAGGUCACUUGUUUUUAAAUCACUUAAAAGCAACCAUGAAGCUGAAAGAGAAAAAAUCGAGGCCAGAGCCACCAAACUAUGGCAGAAUUCAGAGGAAGGGCAUCAGAGUUGUGGGAAAAUGGAAGCAGGUGAAGAUUGACCCAAAUAUGUUUGCAAACGGACAGAUGGAUGACUUGGUGUGCUUUGAGGAACUGACGGAUUAUCAGUUGGUCUCCUCUGGGGAGGGUUCCUCCAGUCUCUUCUCAAAGGAGGAGCCCAAGAAGAGAAAGUCACAAGCUGUUUCAGAAGGAGAGGAGGAAGGAGAGUCUACCUCCUCAAAGAAGAAGAUGAAGUUGAAGAAGAGUAGAGCUGUGGAAACUGAAGGAAGCAGUGCCCAGAAAGUGUUUGAGGGCAAAGAUACUGAGCCAGGGCCCCAGGGAGAUGGCACAGUUUGUCCUGAUCCAGAGGUAGGGGAGAUGGCAUCAGAAAGCCCGGCCCAGAUGGUUCCAAAAAAGAAGAACAAGAAAGGGAAAAAAAAAUCAGAGCCUCCCCAGGGUACUACUCCAAAGGUGCCCAAAAGAGCAAAGACGUGGAUGCCUGAAAUGCGUGAUCACAAGGCAGACGUAUCAGCUUGGAAGGAUCUGUUUGUACCCAAGCCAGUUCUCCGAGGGCUCAGCUUCCUAGGCUUCUCUGCGCCCACACCAGUCCAAGCUCUGACCUUGGCACCUGCCAUUCGUGACAAACUGGACAUCCUUGGGGCUGCUGAGACAGGAAGUGGGAAAACUCUUGCCUUUGCCAUUCCAAUGAUUCAUGCGGUGCUGCAGUGGCAGGUGAAGAAGAAGCCUAUCCCAGCUCUAAGAAACACAGGAGCACCACUUGGGAAGACCAGUAAUGAGGCUGGAGUUGAGACAGGAUCACCAGGCAGGGCUGGAACUGAGUCUGGAGCUUUGCCUGCUGAGAUUGGAAUUGAGGGUGAAGCACUGCCCAGUGAGGCUGGAGCGAAGGCUAGAGCACCACGCAGCCAGGCAAGAGCCAAGAUUGGAGCUACAGUCUCAAACCAGGUGCUGCCCUCCUGUGAUGAUGAUGAUGAUGAUGAUGAUGAUGAUGAUGAUGAUGAUGCCGGUGAAGGACCUUCUUCCCUGAUCAGGGAGACGCCCAUUCCCAAACAGGAUGAAAACAAGGAGGACAAGCUUGAUGAAGAGCAGACUAGAAAGUUCAAACAAGAAUUGGGUGGCAGAAUUGCACAUCCAAGGCGUCCUUUGCUUGGACUGGUUCUGACUCCCACUCGAGAGCUAGCCGUUCAAGUCAAACAACACAUUGAUGCUGUGGCCAAGUUUACAGGCAUUAAAACUGCUAUUUUGGUUGGUGGAAUGUCCACACAGAAACAGCAGAGGAUGCUGAACCGUCAGCCUGAGAUUGUGAUUGCCACUCCAGGCCGGCUGUGGGAGCUAGUUAAAGAAAAGCACCCUCAUUUGAGCAACCUUCGGCAGCUCAGGUGCCUGGUGGUCGAUGAGGCUGACCGCAUGGUUGAGAAAGGCCACUUUGCUGAGCUCUCAAAGCUGCUAGAGAUGCUCAGUGAUUCCCAGUACAACCCAAAGAGACAGACACUUGUUUUUUCGGCCACGCUGACCCUGGUACAUCAAGCUCCUGCUCGAAUCCUUCACAAGAAGCACGCUAAGAAAAUUGACAAAACUGCCAAACUUGACCUCCUCAUGCAGAAGAUUGGCAUGAGGGGCAAGCCCAAGGUCAUCGACCUUACAAGAAAGGAGGCCACGGUAGAGACACUUACAAAGACCAAGAUCCAUUGUGAGACUGAUGAGAAAGACUUAUAUCUGUACUACUUCCUGAUGCAGUAUGCAGGCCGCACCUUAGUGUUUGCCAACAGUAUCUCCUGCAUCAAACGCCUCUCUGGGCUCCUCAAAGUCCUGGAUAUCAUGCCACUGACCCUACAUGCCUGCAUGCACCAGAAGCAGAGGCUCAGAAACCUGGAGCAGUUUGCCCAUCUGGAGGAUUGUGUUCUCCUGGCAACAGAUGUGGCAGCUCGGGGCCUGGAUAUUCCUAAAGUCCAGCAUGUCAUCCAUUACCAGGGCUGCUGUCACUGUGACCAGAGAUAGUGGUGUCCUUGGCUCUGCACCUAGUGUUCCCACACUGCCUCCAAGAUGUCAGCUAAAGCCAUAGAGAGCGGGGGAGGAGAUGCCAUUGACCCCUUCCGGCCGGAAUCCCC